UCGAUUUUAAAAGCGCUGGAAAGAGCAAACCCCAAAACUGACUAGCGCCUUCCGCCUGCCAGAAACCACAACUUGAAUCACACUCCCAAGUCAGUCGACCGCCCACUCUUCCUUAUUAACCGACUCCCCCCCGUAUCUCGCGUUUCCUCCCUUUCUUAUCUCCUCUCUUUCACUCCCCCAUCACUCAACAUCCACAAACCCCCAUCAACAAUCCAUCGAUUUGUCCACCGCGACAUCAUUUUCAUCAACUAAACAUCACACUUUUCUUCAUCAACUUCAUCCAAGAUGACUGGACGUGGCAAGGGAGGCAAGGGUCUCGGAAAGGGCGGCGCCAAGCGUCACCGCAAGAUUCUUCGUGACAACAUCCAGGGUAUUACCAAGCCCGCUAUCCGCCGACUGGCCCGUCGUGGUGGUGUCAAGCGUAUUUCUGCCAUGAUCUACGAGGAGACCCGCUCUGUCCUCAAGUCCUUCCUUGAGGGUGUCAUCCGUGACGCUGUCACCUACACUGAGCACGCCAAGCGCAAGACCGUCACCUCCCUCGACGUCGUCUACGCCCUCAAGCGCCAGGGCCGUACCCUAUACGGUUUCGGUGGUUAAGCGGCUUCCUUCUCUUUCUCUCGACACCGGUCGGGCGGGGAAGCGCGUGCGGUGGACUGCAAUGCAUUCUGUUGUUUUUGCUCCUGUACUCUUCCGGUACCUACGCGAUACAGCAUGGGCAAGGCAACUAGAGGGUCGGGGACCGCUGGGGUUUUAGUGGACUUGUUUGAUGAUCAUACAGCAGCAAACCUGGGCGGAGGCUUCUGCGACAAUUCUUGAUUUUGGGCGUUGGGGUACUACGGAUCAACCGGAAUGACAGGGCGUCGGAUAUUGGCGACGACCGCCCUUUGGUCGAAAGACAAGUGCGCCAGCAAAUACACUUGAUGAACAU